AUAAAAAUAAAAAGUAACAUGGAUACCUAUGAAUCAAUAUCAGCAUCAAAGACUUCACCGUCAUUAUCAACUACGGAAACGAGUUCACAUCCUGAUCCACCUUCAAGUAUUCCUAUCGAUAUCGCAAUGUAUCAUUCUUUGGAGAUGCGUGCCAUGGAACUUUCGUGUCAUCUCACGGAAUCUGUUCAACAAAUUAAAUCACACAUGGGAAAGAUGUCGCAGGGAACCAUCGAAGCAGGACAAGUCUAUAAAGCAGCGGUUCAAGAAUUAUCUGAUGAUUUGGCCACUUGUACUCAAAACACCGUGCAAUUGAUUACUCAAUGUGAUGAAUUGGAUAAGGAUUUAGCUCAGAUUCAAUUACUAUCAAAGCAAAUAAAACGUGUGGAUAAAGGAUUAGAUAAAUUAUUACAAUCGAUAUAGUUUUUCUACUUGAAAUUGAAAUAUAUAUAUAUUUUGUAUCACUAUCAUUGUCAAGCAGCAUCAUCAUCCUGAACACAGAAUCAAAUGGAAUGGACAAAGCGAAAAAGGAUGAACAACCAACGAGAAAACAACCAUAUUAUCGCAAUAGCUGGAAGGAUCUAUUACAAGCAUCUAUUGGAAACGGGAAAUCGAUUUGUAUGGAAAUGGAUGAUAUAUUCUUCUUCAUUGAUAGUUA